AUGCUGGGGCCAUUCCGGGGCGGGCGGGCCGGACUGCUCGCGCCAUUUAUAGGCUCAGGCCGGCCCGCCCCGCCCUGCUCCGGGCCUGCCCCCUCGCCAGCACCCUGCCGCCUUUUGUUCUCCCUGGUCGACCCCAGGGCCAGCGGAGGGGGUAGUCACGUGGCCCCCCAGGGGAUGCCCCUGUCUUCCGGCCCACUCCCAGGCUCCCCUCCGCAGAGGAGGAAACUGAGGCAAACUGGGACAAGUGGGGGGGUAGGCGGGUCCCCACUCCAGGCCCUCCCACAGCGUCCCCCAGCCGCCUUCCUGAGAUCCCAGUUUCUGUUUCUGUGGGGGAGGGGGCACUACAGGACAGCCACUUGCACAGGCAUCUGCAGCUGGGCUAGGCUGGGGAGAGCAAAGCCCGCCCUGGAAUCGCCCGUGCUUCCAGCUUCCUGGAAGGUGUGCCAAGCGGGCCCAGUGCGGGGGCUCGAGGAGAGUGAGCAGAAGCCACCAGGGUGGAGCCUGCCCCCCCCCACUAGGCUCCCCCCUGAGAGCAGAGCCGUGCUGGGCUUCCCUCGGGGCCAUUGUGGAGGGAUUCACUGGUCCCCAGGGCCCUGGGAGGUGGCCACACCCCAUGGGUGCCUCCAGCAUGUCCCUAGACCUGCAGGGCCGGGGGCCUGGAAGCAGCGGGAGGAAGGGCAGCUCCAGGGUCCUGCCCUGUCUCCCAUCUCUCCAUGGAGAGGACACAGGGAUGCAUUCUGUAGAAAUCUGCUUAUGAACACCUAUCUGCAGGCCUGCCCCCAGGCACAGCUUUCCUGCCAGCUCUUCCUACUGGCCUGCCCUGUCAGUACUCGUCUGGAGAGGGCCAACCACGCUCUGGACUGGGCUGGACCCAACUGGCAAUCCGGGGAGGAAGCUGAAAAUGAAUGGUUGGAUGAUAGUCGGGUGAAAGGGUGUGGUCGCCAAUGUUCACAAAUCCAGGGAAGCUAGUCUCUCCAAAAACUAGGAAAGGAGUCAGCCUUUCACUCACCCAAGGAAGUAGUCCAGGAGUCAGAGUCCAAGUUGAAGCCGAGCUCCAAGCCACUAUCUCCAGCAAAGCUCCCUCAAAGAC